GCAGCUGCGGAUAAAGGCAGGACUCAGGCUCAGCAGCCCCAUUCUCUCCCUUCUCUCCUGGAACUUUCCAAGCAGCCUGGGGAGCCACACAGGCCAGCUGGACGCGGACAUGCGAGAGGCGACCCUAAGCCUGCUCAUCCUCCUGAUAGGCCUGCCUGCCCUGGACGCCAACGACCCAGAAGAUAAAAACAGUCCUUUCUACUAUGACUGGCACAGACUCCGGAUCGGCGGACUCAUCUGUGCUGGGGUUCUGUGCACCAUCGGCAUCAUCGUCCUCAUGAGUGAGUGGGGACGCUGGUGGCCGGGCUGGCAGGGCAGGGCUGUGGGCCCGGGUCCUCUCUCCCAACCGUCCCCUCUCUCCCCAACAGGUGGGAAAUGCAAGUGCAAGUUCAGCCAGAAGCCCAGUCACCAUCCAGGGGACGCCCCUCCUCUCAUCACUCCAGGCUCUGCCCAUAACUGUUGAGGAUGGAUCAACCAAAAGGACAUGGACGUCCCUUCUCUUCCCCCAAGUCUUGGCUCUGCAUGGGAGCCUGGACUCCAGGAUGGAAGUCUCCCUCCUCUCCUCAGACCGCCUUGCCAGGGUCUCAUCUCACCUCUCACUGGGGGUGGGGGUGGGGUGUCUUUCUGUUCAAUUUUUAAUCUAAAAGUUGAUCUUGACUCCUGCCC